AGUUUCUAUUACUAGGAACGCUUAAACAUGACACCGCAACAGUAUUUAGAGAAACAUUUCAUAAAUGUCUAUUUGGAGGACGCGGUCACUCAGCUUCUUGAGCAUAAAGAUGAAACUCAAAAAGUAAAUGUUUACAACUUUAUGGCUGAUUAUUUUCAGAGUGUAAAGAAUGGUAAACACACGCUAUUUCGUUCUUAUUCAUACGUUAGUGCGACUCCUCAUAAUCGCGCUAGUAUGGUUCAAACAUUUGGCUCUUGGUUGAGAAGGGUAGCAACAAACGGUGAAUUAUUGAGCAUUGCUGAAUAUCAUUCUUUGCUGAAAUUAAUAUGUCCGGACUUCCCACUGUCAAUCGUUAAGAAAGCAGCAAGAAUUGUUUUAAUGGACGACGCCACUGAUUGUUCUAUGUCGUUUACAGACUUUUUAUAUGCGUUCCAAUUACAAUUUGUCUACGACGAAUUCUUAACGACUACUAAAGAUAUAUUCCUCGGUUUUCACGACAAAGGCAGACGAAAUAGUACGGGAAGUAUAACCUCGAGGCCUGUUGUCGUUCCAACAUCUGAAACGGAGAAAAGCGAAGAGGAUACUAAACCCCAAGAAUCAACUUCUCUAAAUCUUCCAAUAGAUAGCUCAUCAUUUCUAUCAACGUUGCUUUCAGUAGUUGAAAAGUAUAUGAAUGAUAAUACUUUCUCUGUAGAGCGUAUACCACCGAUAUCGGUUCUGGAGAAGAUACUGAAAAAUUCCGAAAAGAUAACCUAUUAUGAAUUUUUAUUAGCACUCACAAAAUCGGAUGAUCUCAAUAAGUCAAUAGGUAGAUUGCUUCCAAGAAUGGAAUUUGCAAAAAUCCAUAAUUUAGCAGGAACUGAAACAGAAGUUGUAAGGUAA